AUGGCGGGCUCGGCCGCGGGCUGGGCGCCCACCCACGUGCGGGUGACGGUGCUGCGGGCGCGGGGGCUCCGCGCCAAGGCGGCGGCGGGCGGCAGCGACGCGUACGCGGUGAUGGCGCUGGGCCGCGACAAGUUCCGCACCUCGGUGGCCGAGCGGUGCCGGGGCGAGCCGCUGUGGCGAGAGGAGGCCACGUUCGAGCUGCCGGCCCGGGCGGCCCCGCUGCGCCUCACGGUGCUGCACCGCGCCCUGGCCGGCGCCGACAAGUUCCUGGGCCGGGCCGAGGUGGAGCUGGCGGCGCUGCGGGAGCUCGGCGGCCCGAGGCACACGAGGUGGUACAAGCUUCACUCCAAACCGGGGAAGAAGGAAAAGGAGAGGGGGGAGAUCGAGGUGGACAUCCAGUUCAUGAGGAGCAACAUGACAGCCAGCAUGUUUGACCUGUCCAUGAAGGACAAGCCCCGCUCUCCCUUUGGGAAGCUCAAGGACAAGCUCAAGGGCAGGAGGAGCAGUGGCCUGUCGGACACGGCGUCGGAGAUCGUCCCCAGCGCCCCCCACUCCCCCGCUGACAGCGAGGAUGAGGCGGCCGAGAAGGAGAAGAAGAAAUCCAAGUUCAAAGCGCUCUUCUCCAAGCCUGGCCUGCAGAAGACAUCCCUGUCCCAGUCCAUGUCGGUGCUGCCCACUCAGCAGCCCCUCACCCCCAGGGUUCGGUUGCGGCCCAGCGACUUCCAGCCCCAGUGGGAUGAGGAGGAGUCCGAGACCUCUCCCGCCUCAGAACGAUCCUUUGAAAAUGCACUGGAAGAGAAGCCAGCUCCUUCUCCUCUGUUCAAAUCUCGUAAACCAGCGUUUUUGGACAGCAGGCAGCUAACCCAAGGAAGCACUAACCACACCAAAAGGGAUGGGCUCUCUUUGUUCAGCGGCCUUAAGUCCAAAAACGAUCCCGUGUCCAAGUCAAGUCUGUGCAUCAAUGGCAGCCACGUUUACAUGGAAGAGACCACGACCAAGGACAAGACUCCAGCCUCCUCCCCCUCUCCUCACAACCUCAGGAGGAAGCAGCUCUUUGCUUCAGAGGAGAACCUGUCCUCCAGGUCCACUAAAUCACCUGAGGAGGUGGGGAGAACCUCUUCUGGUCAGGCUUUCUCUGGGGCCACAUCCUUGGAGACCUUCAAAUCCAUGACCCUACCAUCAUACAAACUGCUCAGCAGUGAGGAGCACCUGGACACCAGCGCUGCACCGAGCCUUGAGGCUGCUAGAGAGACCAAAAAACCAGAGCACAAAAAAUCUGCCUUGCUCUCCCUGGUCACUGGGAAGAAGGAAACGGUGAAGACCAGCGAUGCUGAGAUUAUUCCUGACAGGACCCUGCAGAGUGAGGAAAACACAGCUGCAGAGGAGAAGAGUGAAGAGGAGGCCAAAUGCCCUGAAGCCCCAGCAGAUCUGGGCAGAGUGAGCCCGUCAGGAGAUGCUCUCCAUGCAGAGGAGGCCGCCACAAACAAGCAGCUGCUCAGCCCUGCUGAGGAGGAGCGCAAACCUGAGAAAGCUGCUCCAGCCAAGACCAAAGCUGUGAAACCCAGACUCCAUCCUGUGAAGCCAAUGAAUGCCAUGGCAAACAAGCCUCAGAGCAAGAGCCUGAAUGUCAUCAGCACCAUGAAUGAAAAGCUGCUGGAAAUGAGUGUGAAGAAAUACGAUCCCUCGGACCCUGCCUAUGCGUACGCUCAGCUGACACACGAUGAGCUGAUCCAGCUGGUGCUGAAACAGAAGGACACCAUCACCAGGAAGGACCUCCAGGUGCGGGAGCUCGAGGACUACAUCGACAACCUGCUGGUCAGAGUCAUGGAGGAGACCCCCAACAUCCUCCGUGUCUCCAUGUCUGGGAACAGGAAGGCUGGGAAGAUGUGAAGGGCUGGGGGUGUCGGUGAGCAAGGACUGAACUCCCCCAGAGGAGGGUGAGGAGCUGCUGUGCAGCAGGUGGUGCUGGUUGUGCUGCUCACAGAAAAUGACCUUUUUCCUGUUUCUGCCUUGAGCAACCCUGGGAUUGAUUAAUAGUUCCAUCAGGUGUUGUAAUGAAGUCACCUUAUCGUAUUUAUUUUUUGUUUUCUUCCCAUUCUUUGGGAAGAUCAGGCAUUAACCCAAAGGCUGGUUGUGAUGGGAAGGAGGAGGGUUUUUGAUGUGUUUUGCUUCAUAGCAAGGCACUGAUGAUCCUUUAGGAAGAUUUUUUUUAAAUGGUUUUGUUUUGUAGCAGCUUUGAUAGAUCAGUUAUUUUUCUUUCCACAUCUGAAGUUGUAGUGCAAUAUAAAUCCUUGUACAGUAGAGCUUGAGGAUUUGACUGUUUUAAAAUAAUAAUUAACUACACUGGAGAAGCCCAAAGAUGUCCCAGCUUCAGGCCUGGGCUGUAAUUUAAAAGGAAUUAAUGCCCUGAAAGUUGACCAUAAGCUGAUCAAAUCUCAGUUCAUCUCAUCAAGUGGACAUUCCCACGGGAACGUUCACAGUUUUUGGAGUAGGAGCCACUGAGGUUCAUGGUUCGUUUCUGCCAUAGGAAUGGCAUCAAUGGAUUGGGCCAAAGGUACGUUUUAACUCAGUUGUUCUCUUAGUGUCUUAAAGUUUCUGCUCUGGAGGUUGUUGGGAGGAGGCAGAGGCUCCCCUGUGCCCUGGAGCAGGGCUGGCUCUCACAUCUCACACCUUGUGCCCUGAGGGAGUUCUGUGACCAUUUCCAUUACAUUGAUUCAGGACCAGAAGUGCUUUGGCCUCUGGAACUGGGGCUCACCUUGAGCACCCUCCCAGGGCGAGCAGUUUUACAAAAAGUAAUGACAAAAAAAAAAAAAAAAGCUUUUUGUUGUCAUUGCAGAGAGGGGAGGGAGCGCUGGGGCUGCUCCUGGGCGGAAAUCCUUGUGUGGCUGAGGGCUGAGGGUGUGCUGGGCAUUCCAGAGCUCCCUGGGCUCUCAGUGUUUUCGGGGAUGUUCUCCCCACCCCGUCAGACUGUGGGACAGCUCCUGCCUGGGGAGCAGCCACCACAGCUCCCCCCUGGGAACUGCGUGGGGCUUUUGUUUGCUGAGCUCUUGGCAAAGAUCAAAAACCAUCAGAUGCCUUUUGGCACCUCUGGGGUCUUCUAGGGUAGGGAGAGUCCAUAAAAGGCGUAGAGGGAAGCUGGAAAACCAAGAGAGCAGCCAAAGCUUCAUGAGGACCAAAGCUUAAAGCCUUCCAGCCUUAAUUCCAUGGAAACAAACACUCCUGCCUGUGGAAAUUGUUGGGUUAUUGGGUCACUCCUGGCUCAGGGGUGAGUUUCUAACUCAGUUUUUCUAUGGCAAAGCACUUUAUUGAGGGACUGGAGCAGCUGGAUAGACUCUCACCCUGUGAGCAGCCUGCUUACAAUUGUCAUAAACCACUGGAAGCUACUGGAGAUCUCAAAUACUGUAUUUUUGUAGUGAGGAGCAGUUUAAUAUAUUUGCAUGGAGAUGUAAACAUUUAUUAGAAAAAUCAAAAAAAUGCUGUUAAUGACGUUUUCAUUCCUGCUACCAAAGUCUGGAGCUUUACUGGCAGAGCUGUCCCCCAUGGGCAGCCUGACCCCAAACAAGCCUUAGGAGCUGAGUCUUGCAAGACUUCAGGUACUUUGAUCUCAUUUUAGCGUUACUUGAGCAGGGAGGGCGUUCUCUCCUUUCUCCUGCCCCCUCUGCUCUGAAUGAAGGGUCUGAAGCCGUGGUGGUGGUGCUGGUUUAAUUCUGAGUGCUGCUGGUUGGCUUUGCUGGAGCUGCUGCUGCCUCUGGUGUCUUCUCGAGCGAGGAAGAUGAAGGAUUGAUUUGUUUCCUCCUCGUGCCUCUGCGGAUCUCUGGACACAGGAUCCUGUACCUCACUGAUCAACUUGUAUUUUAGACUUUUUUCUGCUGGGAAGAGUGACCUGCACAGAACCAAAGCAAUAAAUAAUAUGUGCUCGUAGCAGAGAUGAAGCCUUAACACUUGGAAUAGCCUCCCCUGGCUGGGGGAGGGUUUUUUGCUGGUUCCAGCUGUGGCUCUUGGGUGACUCUUGGGUGGCUCUUCCUUCCCUUGGGGGACUGCAGCUGUGGAGCCCAAAACCAUCACCCAGGCCUUGUAGCUCAUUUUUAUUGGCAAAACUCGUUAAAUCCUUCCUUUGGUGGGAGGGGACUGGCAUCUUACAUCCUCAAGAGCCUUAAGAAUCAAAUAUAUUGUUUUAUUAUUGAAGGAUCUCAAUGCAUGUUCCCUGUUUGUACUCUCUGCUUUUAGCCCAGGUACUGUUUGUUUUUAAACACAUUUUGGUUUUAUGGAACACUAAAAUAAAUACACCUUAAACCCAG